UGUCUCCUUCGCUCACAGGAAGCGAAUUGUAGUCGCUUUGACUUUUGGGAGAGAGAAAGAAAGAAAGAAUGCCGAUCUCCAGAAUCGCGAUCGGAACUACGGAGGAGGUGACCCAUCCGACUACACUCAAGGCGGCGAUCGCCGAGUUCAUAUCCACCCUCAUCUUCGUCUUCGCCGGCCAAGGCUCCGGCAUAGCCUUCAACAAAUUGACGGACAAUGGAGCAGCGACGCCGGCAGGGCUGGUGGCGGCGUCUAUUGCGCACGGGUUUGCGCUUUUUGUGGCGGUGGCAGUGGGGGCAAACAUCUCCGGCGGGCACGUGAACCCGGCGGUGACGUUCGGGGCGUUCGUGGGCGGCAACAUCACGCUGUUUCGGGCGAUCUGGUACUGGAUCGCGCAGCUGCUGGGGUCGACGGUGGCGUGCUUGCUGCUGCAAUUCACCACCAGCAUGGCCACCGGGACCUUCGGGUUGACGUCGGGGGUCGGCGUGUGGCAGGCGGUGGUGCUAGAGAUCGUGAUGACGUUCGGGCUGGUGUACACGGUGUACGCGACGGCGGUGGACCCCAAGAAGGGCACCCUGGGCACCAUCGCGCCCAUCGCCAUCGGCUUCAUCGUGGGGGCCAACAUCCUGGUCGGCGGAGCCUUCGACGGCGCGUCCAUGAACCCGGCCAUCGCCUUCGGGCCGGCGCUCGUCAGCUGGAAUUGGACCCACCACUGGAUCUACUGGGUGGGCCCGCUUAUCGGCGGCGGCAUCGCCGGCGUCGUCUACGAGAUCUUCUUCAUCAGCCACACGCACGAGCCGCUCGCCUCCGACUACUAAGCCACCCGAAAUCCUACAGGACGCGCGGCCACUCGUUACGUCGUCGGCGUAGAUGUCUUCUCGAUUCCAAAAAAAAAGAAAAAAUUUAAAAAAAAAAGUUGGUCCUGCUUAAUUUCUUUGCUUGAUUUCGCUGUGUCGAUGGAUGACCUUAAUUUCGCCUUUCGGUCGAUCACUCUCGAAUGUACGUUGUCGUGUAAAGUCCUGCGUGCAUGUUCAUGUUGGUGGUUCCCUGUUCUUCCUUCUCAAUCCAUUUUUAAGUAUUCUGCAUC